AUUUAUCGGUUUGGAGGGGCGUAGAAAGGAGGCCAUAUUGUACAGUUAAAUUGAAAGAACGAAAAUAAUUAUAUCAUCGUGCGAUCGUGCCUGUUUCGUUUCCUAUUUUUGUUGCUGUGUGUAUCCACGAGACGUGUGCUUACGUACGCCGUGAUCAGGGCAACAUUGCACGAAGUCCGUUUCGUGUAUAUCCUGCAGUUUUCUUUCCCUUGUAAAUAACUACAAGUUGUAGGCAGUGUAUCCCGAUAUCUAGGCACCGUCCGUCAGUCUGCUCAAGGGGUUUGUUGCUCCAGACGAGAUGGGCACUCGGGAUGACGAAUAUGAUUAUUUAUUUAAAGUCGUUCUUAUUGGUGACUCCGGCGUAGGAAAAAGCAAUCUUUUAUCAAGAUUCACGAGAAAUGAAUUCAAUUUGGAGUCGAAAUCGACUAUAGGAGUUGAAUUCGCUACGCGUAGUAUACAGGUAGAUGGAAAAACUAUCAAAGCUCAGAUUUGGGACACCGCGGGACAAGAGCGUUAUCGCGCCAUUACAUCCGCGUACUAUCGCGGUGCGGUCGGCGCUCUGCUGGUGUAUGAUAUCGCGAAGCAUCUGACGUAUGAAAACGUGGAGAGAUGGUUGCGAGAAUUGCGGGACCAUGCUGAUCAGAAUAUCGUCAUUAUGCUGGUGGGAAACAAAUCUGACUUGAGGCAUCUACGUGCCGUUCCGACAGACGAGGCGAAAGCGUUCGCGGAGAGAAACGGCCUCUCUUUCAUUGAAACUUCUGCUUUAGAUUCUACGAAUGUCGAAACGGCAUUUCAAAAUAUAUUAACAGAAAUCUACAGAAUCGUAUCGCAGAAACAGAUACGUGAUCCACCCGAAGGUGAUACAAUCCGGCCACAAAACGUAGAACCCAUCGACGUGAAGCCAACAAUGAACUCAGAGGGAAUGCGUAAGCAGUGCUGCCAGUGACUCACCUUGUUGCUUAAAAUAAGGACAUACAAAGUGGCAGAGGCAAAAAGAAAAGUGGUCGACGGUAAACGUAACAGGUGCAAACAGUACAAGAAUCAAGACUAUUUACGAAUAUAAGUAUAUAACUGAUUACUGGUUUCCCAAAUAAUCCGGCUGUUCCGGAUGCAGAAUAGACUGUUCUCCUGGCUCUUGUCGUUUUCUGGGAGCGGAUGAUAAUAGUAGUACUUAAAAAGGAAACAUCUGUACAUCUUUGCCCUCAAGAACCGCUUGAUUUCAAUUGAAACAUACUACUAUUACUAGUACUACUGCUAUUAUUAAUAUUACUACUAUUAUUACUACAACUACUACUAUUACUACGAAUACUACUAUCAAUACAAUCAUCAUCAUUAUCGCUAUCAUUGACUCAGCCUCUUUUGAUCGCAGGACGAGCAGAUAUUCUUUUUUUUUAAAUUAUUUGUACGCUUGCUCCCGUGGAAGAUAUAAUUAAAAAUGCAACAAAAAGGCUUCUCAAGUUCCUUCGGAUUAUUUGGGAAACGAACGAUGAGGAUCGGGGAAAAAAAAAUCUAGCGACAUACAGCGUAUACAAUAUACACACAAUAGCCGGAUACGUUGAGUAAAGAGUACCAUAAAACACAAUCAUAAAAAUACAUCAUCAGAGAUAUUUACGAAGAACGAAGAAUAUGCACUAAUUUCGUCCCCGAAAGUCAUCCUGCUUCUCUCCCUUCUCUCUAUCCAGUAUCUUUACCUCUGAUACGUUACAAUAAGUCAGUGUUGUACUACUGCUUCUUUACAAUACGUAUGUUAUUCUACUUGACACGUAGAAGCGAACGGUUUACUAAACGUUACACAAAAGAAAAGUGUGUCUGAAAUGCUUGGUCGCAUUUUGGAGGAGUGUAUAGCUCGCGAGCCACGGGGAUGAAAGAUAAUCUGGAGGGAUUACAUUGAACAUCCAUCCCUAGAUACAUUGAAAGUGACGAAUCUUUCGUAAAGGAAUUCCUAACGUAUACUACAAAAAAAAAAAAAGAGAAGUGCUAAUGAAUGUCUGUAAUUAAUCGCAAUACAUAUUCUUCCACGUGAGAGCUAACAGUAAGUCAGAGUUUGUCCGAGUGCAAAUUGAAACUGUGUAUCAAGUCAAAUCACCAUUUGGAUACGUAUCGUCUAACGUUUUUGUAUCCAAAGUGUUUCAGCUGGGCGAUACGCAAGCAAUAAUUAUGCAUUAAGGAACGAGGCGUUUUUGUCCAAAUAUCCCUUUGUUUUUCGUUCUUACAGCUGAUGAUGUAUUGUUGUUCCAAAAUUUGGCCGAAUGUUUCAGAGACAGUCUAUAAUUAAUUAAUGACACAGGCGAAGUCUCGCGGUUUGAGCAUGCAGGUGCACGAUCAUAGAAAAAAGAACAAGAUAGAAGAGGCUUGACGAAAGAUAAAA